UGGUUUACGCCCUGUUAUCCGCGUGUCUGACCCUCCUGAUCCUUUCCUGGAUGGCUAGGUCGUCCACUUGGAUGUCGGAUUCCCAUCAGUUAUGCUUCCUCGUGCCUUUCCGGGACCGAUUUGAUGAGCUCUCCGAAUUUGUGCCGCAUCUCUCGCGCUUCUUAAGUUCCCAAAACGUGCCUUUUCGAAUGUUUGUCCUGAACCAAAUCGACGAGUUUCGAUUCAAUCGAGGAGCGCUGCUUAAUGCCGGAUUUGAUUUCGUCUCGCGGAAUACAGAUUGUGAUUACGUGGCCUUACACGACGUGGAUCUGUAUCCAAUGAAUCCGGGGUUGGAUUACGGCCAUCCCGGAACCGUGGUGAGACAUCUGGCCGCUCCUGGACUGCAUCCCAAAUACGAUUACCCCAAUUUUCUGGGCGGAAUCGUUCUCAUUGGCAUGAGCACGUUUCGAAGCGUGAAUGGUUUGACCAAUAAUUUUUGGGGUUGGGGAUUGGAGGAUGACGAUUUCCGAGCCCGACUCCAAGAAGCCGGGAUAGUCAUUGAAAGACCCGAAGGGCUGACCUCGGGCACGACUCAAACCUUCAAGCACCACCACACCCAAAGGCGACGCCCACGGGAUUAUCGGCGUUGCUACAAUCAACGAGAUUUCACCCGGCGAAGAGACCGAAAUUCCGGAUUGAGCAAUCUCGAGUAUGAGUUAACAUCUCAUCGGAAGAUGACCGUGGACGGGUUCGCCUUCGAUGUCUUGAGCUUAAAGCUUGUCUGUGAUAAGAAAUUGACGCCUUUCUGCGAUUGCCACAAUGCUCCCGUCGAGGAAUCGCCGAUUCGACCCGUGCCGCCCGAAGACAAAAUCGUGCCCCAGGUUAAGCCCAAACGGACAGUGAAGACCCUAUAGAACAUGUUUAUUUCAACCAUUGAAACUGCUUACUGCACCUGUUAAGCACGAUGAGCCGCCCCAAAGAACCCUUCCCCGACGUGCCAAAACCCAAAAAGCCAUAUCAACCUAAAGCGAAAUCGAUUCGAUUCGGUUCAUAUCAAAACGAUUUCAGGCGUCUUUGGCACUAUCGUCCCUAAUCGAGAACUUGUUCAGGGCAAUAUCCGGGAGAACAAGUGUCCCAGUUUUUGAACACCGAAGUCCGUUAAAGGCGCUUUUGGUUCAUCUCAACUUGUUACAAAUAUACAUUUAUUUACACAUCUGUCCAAGGACGUGACAAUAAAAAAUCCACCUAUUCCGCCAUAUCCAAUACCCUUGCCAAUGUCAUUGCAG